AUGGACUUACAAAAGACGUUUAUUAGGACAGUUGAUGUUGCCAGUAACGAAACUGAAUUGACUUUAUCAAUACAUCAAGUUGAACAUGGAGACGUAGGUUGUGUGGUGUGGGACGCAGCUCUAGUUCUGUUGAAGUAUCUUGCCACUCCAAGUGGGCGUAAAUAUGUUCAUAACAAAUGUGUAAUCGAACUUGGAGCAGGAACUGGUGUCGUUGGGUUGAGCGCCGCCAUCGUCGGUGCUUCGGAAGUUAUUUUGACUGAUUUGCCAGAUAUUUUACCUUUAAUUGAUCACAACAUUAAAGAAAAUACUAAUAUUCUAGCACAUAGUAAAGCAGAGAUAUCAGGUUCUACUUUACGAUGGGGCAACACAGCAGACAUUAAAAAUAUUUUGAGAAAGCAUUUAAUUGACUGUGUUUUAAUAUCAGAUUGUGUGUACUAUGAGGAUGGCCUGGACAACUUAAUUGAAACUAUUAUUAUUAUUUUAAAUUCAAAUCCAUCUGCUACAGUGCUGUGCUCAUAUGAGAAGCGUGAUACUGGAAACAAGGUUGAGUUGCUUAAUAAAUUUUUGACUGCUUUACAAGAUGAACUGAAUGUAGUUUUUGUCCCGUUUUUUGAAAUGGAUGAAGUUUAUAGAAGUGAUGAUAUUAAUAUUAUUGUUGUUACCAAAUCCUAAAAUGACUGCAUAUUUUCAGUGAGAUAAACAAGUUCAAAAGGCCGAGGUUAAUUAUAGUUGGUUCAUAUUUUUUUACCGGUUGUUUAGUCUGCAGAGUAUUACAGUUCCUGAAAAGAUCUCACGCAUGCAAGACAGUUAUUUUUUGCGUGCGAGCAUGAUAAUAUUAAAAAUCGACGUUCAAAACAAACAUUUUCAAGCCACGUUGGGCAAUUCUACCUAAUUUAACAGGCUACAUAUUUUUUCAUUGUUCAAAUAAUUGGCGUGCUUGGGACAAAUUAUGGCGUGCAUAACCAAAAGUUUGUAAACGAAAUCGCUCGUGCACCUGCCAUACUCUGCAGACUGGCCAAUUGUUGCUGUUGUUGCCAAUCUUUGCAUCUUACUUAACUACCUGUUUCGUGUACCUAUGUUAUAUUCAAAAUUAGUUUGUUCAAAAUGCAAUAUGUUUCAUUACAAAAUUUAGGCUAUUGCAAAUUGCAAUGUUCCUAUUAUGUUAUAUUUGUCACAUCUUGUGACCACAUAUGUGUAUGUAUGUACAUCCAAUAAUAUACUACCUACAUUUUCUAUUGCGUAUGCUGCUAAUAGGGAUGCACAUUACAGAAUUUCGAAUCCAUUAGAUUCAAAUCCAAUUAUGGGA